AUGAACACAACAGCAACAACAUUCUCUUCAGAUCAUUCAUGGAGCAGACGGUGUUCUACAGAGACUGUGUUCAGCAUUCAAGGAAAAGAAACUGAUUAUGCGCGAGACACGAGCGACACGGAGGCCCUGCCGCUGGGCGCGAGUGACGACAGCGACGUGGAGUACGAGCCCGUUACGGAGUCCGAGGACGAGGACAAACUCCCCGUAGACGGGGACACCUCCGCGCAGAGCGAUAACGAAAUAAUAUCAACGAAAGUGAUAGAAGUGUCCGUUGGUGAUGACGGUGAACUUCAGUUCGCCGACUCGGAGCAAACGGAGACAUACGAGACAGAUGACAGCGAGAUGGACCUGAUCGACUACUGGAACUGCGUGCAGUGUCACGCUGAGAACAACAACCCGCUAUAUCGAUACUGUCAGAAGUGUUUCCAGGUACGCAAAAACUUCUUUCCACCGAGGCCUAAACGCAAAAAGAACCGAGAAACGAAAACACAAAACGAUUCACCCACGAUAGACGAAAUACCACGAACUCUCUCACAGGAACUAGAGGAAAUUCCGAAUAGUUUAUCACAGGAACUAGAGGAAAUCCCAAGCAGUUUAUCACAGGACUCUGGGAUACCACGCACUCACUCACAGGAGUCGGACGCGAUCCCGCGCACUCUGUCACAGGACUCCGGCGUGGACUCGCCCCACAGCCAGGAGACGCAGUACAAUCCUGGUGAGGGAACAUCCAAUACUAAAAUAGAGAGAUCAGUAAUUAGGUGUAAAAAGCGUGGUUCUGAUUACCCGCAGCGUAACACUAAACGUAGGCGGGUAUCUCACACGGACUCGGAAACCGACUUGUCAUCAGACGACUCUAAGUCUGUUGAAAUCGUACGACCUCUUGUUAAGACGGUCAGCGAUCCAGCCAUUACUAUCGAAGAUGUAGAUGUUAAGAUAACUAAAAAAGUAAUUGCUAAUACGCUAAUUGAGAAAUUGGAUACUAAAGAUUUGUGUGUCGUCUGUGUGUCAGAGCCUAAAUCUGGAGUUUUCGUUCACGGUCGUAUUGCCCACAUAUGUUGUUGUUAUAAAUGUGCGGUUAAAGUUUGGGCUAAAUCCAAAAGAUGUCCUGUCUGUAACUGCAAAGUUAGUAACGUGCUAAGGGCUAUCAUUAUGUAA